AUGCCUCAUAUCGCAAACACACCCGAGUCCAUGCUGUCUCGCUCAGAUUCACUAGAUCCAGCCACAACAUGCAGAGGCGUGACCGCAAAUGGCCGACCAUGUCGCCGUGCCCUAGCUGCCUCUAUAGGACCGCAAAAAGACACAGCUUCGGCUUCAAUGUACUGCUGGCAGCACAAAGAUCAAGCAAGACCGGUAUCAGCGUCGAAUAAUCCGGGAACAAUCCGCCCCUCACAAAACCAAAACCCAUGGCCGAAACCGCGGACAAGCAUUGACACAUUGAUGGACCGGCUGGGCGUUCUGGAGAUCAACGACCCACAGGCGAAACCGGCGCCGUACCGACGCCGGAAACCCAAAAAGCGGACAGUAUGUUGCUGUUUCGAGAUCGUGGACGACGUCGAGAACGAGCGGCCUCCGAGGCCUGUGACAGUGAGCGCCGCGGCAGACGCUCGUCCGUCGCGGCCGAUGCAGCAGGUCUCGUCAAGCUCUUAUCCAGGACGGCCUAAGCCCCCGGCCCAGAAGCCAUCAUCACAGUCAACAUUACUCUCGCCUCGGCCGACAUCCCACCGGCCGUCGCUGCAAAGUAGUCCGGCGUCUUCCUCAUCACAUACGACGACCCUCCUCGCAUGGAUUCCUCCAACACUAACCCCGCAAACAACAUCUUGCCUGCUCACGGAGCUGGCGAAGCCCAUCUCCGAAGCGGACGAGCCGGGCUACAUAUACAUGUUCUGGGUGACGCCGUCGAGCUCCACGUCAUCGCCGCCUCCCGCUGAAGUCGCCAGAUCGCUCGUUCCGGAAGCACACAGACCAGAGCACGGUCGCCGCGUCAGCGACGCACUCAAAACAGCGCGCGAGAUGAAUGCCCUAACCUCUAAAUCGACCAGUCAGGCAUCAGGUACUAUCCGCCUGAAGAUUGGCCGGACGAGUAACGUGCAGCGCCGACUGAAUGAAUGGUCGAGACAGUGCUCGCACCAUCUGACUCUGAUCCGUUACUACCCGUAUACACCAUCGACGCCGUCGCCAUCGCCGUCACCGGUUCGAUUGCAGACUGGAGGAAAUCGGCGAAAUGGUUCCGCCGCCUUGGAGCCGGGGAGGAAAGUCCCCCAUGUCCAUCGCGUGGAACGACUGAUUCACCUUGAGCUGGGAGAUUUCAGGGUUCGGGAUCUGGGGCGAUGUGAUGAGUGUGGGAAAGAGCAUCGGGAGUGGUUCGAGGUUGCAGCGGAAAAACAAGCGUUGAAACGGGUGGACGAGUGUAUCAGAAGAUGGGUGGAGUGGGCAGAAAGUCAGAGGGUGUGA